UUUCAUAAACAAAACAGAGAACAUUGUAUAACUGUCAGUGUCACAACGCUUGCAAAGUCUCAGAGGAAGAGAGGAACUUCUGUUGCAUUUAUAUCAAUGAAGAUAUACGUCCUAAAUCUGUUUGCGUUCACACAUCCUCGACACUAUGAAGAGACUGUACUUCAUCGAGCCGAUCGUCGCGAUUUUCGCGUUUGCCAGUUUUAUGCUGUAUCCUCUCGUACAGCAGUACGUGUAUCGCAGACUGUGGCUGGAGAUCACAAACUCAUCUUACCCAGUGUCCAACGACACUUCCCGAUGCGCCGCCAACAGCAGCAACCACACCAGCCAGCAAGAGGAGGUGCAGAAAGCAGCUUCUCUGUUCUCUAUGUUCAGUGAAUUGUCUUCGUUGAUCCCCAGUCUCAUAGUGACCCUCCUCCUGGUGGCCUACAGUGAUCAGCGUGGGCGAAGGAUCACCAUUAUUAUGCCCCUCUUUGGGUCUCUGAUCUACACGCUUUCAUUCCUGGCCGUCUCCUUCUUCGAGCUAAACCUCUAUCUCCUCAUUGCCGCUUCUUUUGUAAGUGCCCUCUUUGGUGGUAUCAGCACCAUGCUAGGCGGCUGCUUCGCCUACGUGGCCGAUUUAUGCGUGGACGACAAGCAGAAAACCAUUCGCAUGGCGGUGGUGGACAUGAUGAUUGGCUUGUUGGCGGGUGUGGCGUCAAUUUCCACUGGGUACUUCCUGCAUGCGACCGGUUUCAACUGGCCUUUCUUUACGUCAGCCAUAUUUCAGGUGGUUAACUUGCUAUACGCUAUCUUCCUUCUGGAGGAAACCAGGGUGAUUGACAGUUCAGAGACUCUGGCUUGUUGCCAGGCCCUGAAGAAACUAGCAUGUGGUAUCUACUACUUGUUUUCAGGAGAAAGUACUCGAAAAAAAUGGGUUCUUGUGCUGCUGAUUGUUACAUUUUCCUCCUUAUCUUUUGUCAAUACCGGGGGUUUGUCCAUGAUCACACUUUAUGAACUCAAUAAGCCGCUGUGCUGGAGCGAGAUCCUCGUGGGCUAUGGCUCUGCGGCCAGCACCUCCAUUUUCAUCACUAGUUUUCUUGGCUUGUACUUGUUCUCCCUCUGCCUGCCUAACACAGCCAUCGUCCUCAUCGGGAUGCUGUCAAUCGUUAUAAGCAUGUUGAUGACGGCUUUCGCAAAGACUACGCUUAUGAUGUUCCUCGUAAGGAUUCCUGCUAUGUUUGCCAUCAUGCCGUUCCCCAUCAUGCGUUCGAUGAUGUCAAAGGUCGUCUCAAAGUUCGAGCAGGGAGCGCUCUUUGCCUGUGUGGCUUUUAUGGAAAACCUGAGCAGCAACGUGUCCUCUGCGGUUUUUAGCAAAAUCUAUGCGGACACUGUAUCAUGGUGUCCCGGCUUUGUCUUCAUAUUGGGUGCUGGACUCAGUCUCAUUCCCAUAAGCCUACUGGGCAUCCUUAGGUUUUUCCAUCCAUUGGAUUCUAAUGACACUCAAGCACUCUUAUCAGAAGAUGGGACAGAAGCUUCAGACGACCCACCUGUUGCUUAAAUCCAAAGGGAGUUCAAAUACCUCAGUCAUUCACCUCGAAUCCCCUGUGUGUCUAUUUACUUUCCUCAUACCGACACAGGGAGAUAAACUAAGAACUGGAUACUACUGAGCACAUGUGCAACAGAGCCAAAAGUCUGUUAUUAGUAUUUUCAGUCACUGCCAUAAAUG